AAUGGCGCUUACGACGAAUAUGGCUGUUUUACUAAGAUGUUUGAAUAUUUCCAGAAAAGCCACGAAAGUAAUUUUCCCUUCCGUCACAGCGUCAAGGAAUAAACACGAUUCUUUUAAGUUUUCUGACUUGCAAAUUCAACUCGCUUCAUCAAGUCAAAGAUUUACCAAACCGGAUCCGUCGAAGUUGAAAUUUGGUGAAGUUUUCAGUGAUCACAUGUUCGAAGUCGAAUGGAACGAAGAUGACGGUUGGGGUGUACCCCGUAUUCUCCCCCUACAUGAUUUGCAUUUGCAUCCUGGGGCAAAAAUAUUGCAUUAUGCCCAAGGUGUGUUCGAAGGCAUGAAGGCCUUUAAGUAUUCCAAUGAACAAGUUGCUUUAUUCCGUCCAGAGAUGAAUGUGGAACGUUUGCUUGUUAGUUCUGAAAGGGCUGCUCUACCACCCUUCGACAAGGAAGAGUUUCUGAAAUGCUUGAAGAAAUUGGUGACGAUUGACAAGUCUUGGAUUCCUGACACCGUAGAAAGCUCGUUGUACAUACGUCCGACAUACAUUGGCCAUCAGAGUGCUUUAGGUAUUCAUUCUUCAAGUAAAGCGUUGCUGUUUGUCGUUACUUGUCCGGUGGGUGCUUAUUUUUCAACUGGACGGUUUACUCCAGUGUCUUUGCUCGCCGAUCCUCAGUACGUCAGAGCUUGGCCUGGUGGCGUUGGCGACAAGAAAAUGGCUUCAAAUUACGGUCCAACUUUGCACGCGCAAAAGGUCGCUCAACGUCAAGGAUUGCAGCAGGUGCUGUGGCUUCUUGGGGAGGACCAUUACAUCACAGAAGCAGGAGGAAUGAACAUUUUCUUCCUGAUCAAAAACGCCGGUGGGGAUUUGGAACUUGUUACACCCCCUCUAGACGGAACGAUUUUACCAGGAGUUAUGAGACGAAGUGUGUUGGAUUUAACUAAAAAAUGGGACGAAUUUUCGGUCGUUGAAAGGCGGAUAACAAUGAAAGACGUUAUAUUAGCUAAUAAUGAGGGUCGACUCGUGGAAAUGUUUAGCACUGGUACAGCUGUUUGUAUCUGUCCAGUAGGUUCAAUUCGAUACAAUGGUCAAGAUAUUAAAAUACCCACCACUGCCAGUAAUAGUGCUAUCUCUGCGAGAUUAUAUAAAGCCAUCACUGAUAUUCAAUAUGGAAGAGUUAAAUCUGAAUGGUCAGUUGUUAUUGAAUAAUGGUGUUAUUUAGUAUUAAUCAAAUGUGAUAACAUAUUGGAUUGAGUAAGUGAAAUAUAUUAAUUAUUCUUUUAACCAAA